AUGCGCGUAAACAAAAAGAACAACGACAUCAUAACGUGUUCGUCUGUCUUGAAUCACUUGCGCUCGAAAAGAGUUUGUGUUUUUUAUUCGCUUUUGUUCUUAGCGCUGUUAGAGGUACGCACAUAUUCGCGAAAGACGACGUCGAUUGAUUGGAGAGACAGCCGACGAGUGAUAUUUUCUCGUUUUCUUCCACGCGCGAUGGUCGCGAGUACCGUUUUCGAGGCGGAUUCCGCGCGUUGUUUUCAUUCAUUGAAUGCGCUGGGAAGAGCAAAUAUCGCCACUCGUCAAGUCCUUCUCUGGUCCGUCGUUUUAGUCCCGGGAGACGCAAACUCCGUCUGGAAUUUAAGCGCGCAACAGUACUACCAGCGAGAAACUGGAAAUCUCAAAUCGUUCCAACAACAACCGAGAUUUCAAAUCCAAGUCAGAGUUUUAGAUCUCUAUUUGGAAUCGCUGGCGCAUAAGCAAGAACAUUUGUGGAGAAAAGAAGAGUUUAAUCUUUACGACAAAAACUUACAACCUUUACACCCGGAACCACCAGAUAAGAGGACGGGAAUAGGCUUGAGUUUAUCUUCGUUGGGGAGGUGUUUAUUGGAGGAGGUGGUGUCUUCGAAGUUUUCGAAGUCAACGGCGAUUGGCGAGCGCGUCAGCAACUACAAUCUUAACGUUCGCGUUUAG